AUGCGCUUCGAUCUCCAAUCCGGAACCACCAAAUGCAUAACAGAAGAUCUCAUGGAGCGUGCCAUGACAGUCGGCAAGUACUCUGUCGCCAAUCCCAGUGAGGCUCAUCCCAUUCCCGACACCUACAAGAUCAAUGUCCGCGUGACCUCGCCCCACAAGGCGAUAUAUCACCAUGCGGAUCGUGUGGCUUCUGGAACUUUCGCGUUUACUGCGAAUGAGGAGGGUGGUUAUGUAGCUUGUUUCUGGGCACCAGAACAUUCGCCUGCGCUUAUGGUUGCAAUCGAUUUCGACUGGAAAUCUGGUGUUGCUGCUAAGGAUUGGUCAAAUGUCGCCAAGAAAGGACAGAUUGAAGUAAUGGAGCUCGAAUUGAAGAAAUUGUUUGAUACAGUAACGUCCAUUCACGAUGAAAUGUUCUAUCUUCGUGAAGGGAGAUUGAAAUGCAAGCUCUCAAUAUAG